GAGUUUCUCCAUGACAGCAGGCCGAGCCCGAGCUCCGCGAGAAAGAAGCCGCUUAACCCCCGUCAGGGCAUUGUUAGGAGCCACCUGAAGCCAUGAGUACAAACAGCCAGUGUGAUGUGAACAAAGCACUAACUCUUGCAAGCCUUUUCAAUUUUCUUCAUGGGGCAGGCAAUGCCUGUACAGUCCCCUUUUUAACUCUGUACUUUCGGCAGCUGGGGCUGACUGCACCGCUAGUUGGGAUUAUUAUUGGGUUGAAACACUUAAUCACUUCCCUUUGGGCCCCACUGUGCUCCUACCAGGCAAAAACCCACAAUAAAAGGAAAGUUCUCAUCACUGGAUCUCUGUUGUGUUCAGUUGGAGCAGGUUUGCUUCUUACUCUUGUCCCGCCUGUGAGCAUCAGCGUAGCCUAUAAAUACUGUAAUGUGAGCCAACGCUCAGCAAAAUUACUGACUGCAACUCAGGAGCCUGAAAUUAGUACAAACAGUCUUAGUACAGCAAAUUUCAGAUCCAUCACUGAUAACAAAAUACUGUCUACUGGAUCAAUUGGAAUGGCCUCUGAUGAUAAGGUGACCACCAAAAUACCCACAGGAGUACGUAUGUCUUUUUUAAAAAAACCCUCUAUAAACAUUUCUUCGGAGAUAAACAAUCAAGUCAUCAACAUUAAUACUGAUAAACAGCAGUUCACUGAUGGCUCUUUGAGUGAGAAAGAGAUUGCCACAAUGGAACAAACGUUAAAGACUCUUCCAGCGAAGGGCUCUGUGAAGGCAACCAGGAGCCCCACAAAUGGCAUCAUGAAUAUCAGUGAGAGUUUUGAGGAGAAUAGCUCUUCAGAGACAACUGCACUUCACACUGCCCCAGUACCUUUUACAGAGACUUCCUACAUUUUUAAAAACUUAUCAGGGCAAUGGGGAAAAGCACAGGAUGUAAGCUCUCACCUGCUGCAAGGUAUCGAUUUCUUAAACAGGGAACACCAGGUCUUUCUUAUGGUUCUAGGUACCGUUAUGCUUUGGGAGCUCUUGGCAGCACCUCUUGGGUGGAUGGUUGAUGACAGCCUCUAUGAGUACCUUGAUUUUGUUGAUGCUGCAGACAAAUAUGAAAAUCUUUGGAUCUGGAGUUACUUGGGAGCAUCUGUGGCAGUCUGCAGCGUAGCAGUAUUUGUGGAUCAGCUGAGCUGCUUCUUGAGCACAAAUAUCCCACGGUUUGCAGUACAUUUCUAUGGCUAUGCCUUAUUGAUAACGUUAACAUUACUGGUCAGUGUCUUCUUCCCCAUCCCUGUGUCCCCAAAAACUGAACAUAUCAAUAAAACUGGCAAAGCUUUGAACCUUAUUGGGAGUGAUGGCCAAACCAUCCUGUGUGCUGUCACUGUCUUCCUCACAGGGGCCAUUGGAUCAGCUGUGGAAAAUUUUCUUUUCUGGCAGAUGCAAGACCAAGGCAGCAGUGAGUUGAACAUGGGCCUUGUGGUAGCCAUUGGACUGAUUGCUGAAAUUCUGCUCUACAUCUUCAAAAGCAAGUUACUAAGGUCACUCACGAGUGCUGGCAUGGUUGCCCUGAGCUUAAGUUGCCUGGCUUCACAGCUGCUCUAUUACUCAUUUCUGUGGAAUGCCUGGGCAGUGCUGCCAAUCCAGAUCCUCUGUGCCUUUAGCAAGGGGGCCUUGUGGUGGGCUGUGAACAUGCUGACAGAUGACAUUGCCACUCCUGGCACAGAGAGGUCUCUGCAUCUUGUCUUACAAGGCCUCUCUUGUGGAUCUGGAGCCAGUUUAGGCAGCUUUGCAGGAGGGUUUGUGUUGAACAAUUUUGGCCUGGCAGUGCUUUACAGAGGGUGCUCCAUUACUUUAGUUCUCUGGCUAAUCUUGUUCUUGAUUGUCCAUUCCAAGUUGCCACGGCAGAAAAAAAUUAAUUAUUCCCGUCUCCUUGCUGCAGAUUCGAGUGAUGCGAGCGAUUCUGAUGAUGAUGAUAAAGAGAGAGACUGGCUAGUGAAAGCUAUGAAAAAUGAGACCUGGUAACAGUUUUAUGUUUCUUCAGUCUGUUGGCCAAAAUCCAGACUUAGAAGAAAUAGGUUGGUGUAACUGUGCACAUUGAAUGUCUGCAGAACCAUUUUACUGCCUGGGAUUUACGAUGCACAUUUCUCAGAAGGCAAUUAUAAAGAUUUUAUAAAGACUGUGUUUUCUCAAAA